AAACCAUUCAAUCCAGUACGGGUCAUUUUGACCCCCUGUAUGCAUUCGUGAAGGGUUUUUUGGUUCAUGCAUUAAAUAUCAAAAAUUUAAAAGGUGUGCAUCAUACCUGACACCUAGCCGAACACUUUACAGUUGGAUGUGUGACUGUACGCCAUUCCCUUCAAAUGCUAUUGAGCUUUAAAUAAUGGUAUAUUUUGUGUAUGAGCCCAUUCUGUAGUGAAAUACAUGGCAAUAUUUACAUAUGAUUUAAUAGUUUAUUUUAAUAAAUAUCAGAAAUCUAAAAGGUGUGUAUGAUACCUGACAUUUAGAUGAACACUUUAGAAUUGGGAUCAUGACUGUACAUCAUUCCCUUCAAAUGCUAUUGAAGUUAGAAUCGUGUAUAACAAUGUCGUAUGUAACUUUAGAGACGGUCCCUUAAUUUCCGCAUAUCUGCCAAUAUCGAACGUCCAACAUCAAACCAACUUUAUUCCAGUUCUGAAGGAAACAGUCAUUUGCCUCUGUAGCCGAGGGACAUUUCUAUUUCCAGAGUCUUUCUUAGGCUGAAUCUCAAAUACAUCUAUACUCGGUGUAUAAGUGCACUACACGUGAUAUGAAAUGAAUAGUAUAGGCAGCUUACCUAGUGCACUAUGCGUCGAAUUUGGGAUUCAGCCUGAAAUUUCCCAUCAGGCCACGGGAGCUAGAUUUAUAGCCAUUGGUUUAGCCGAGGCAGCUGACAGAGAGAGAGAGCGAGAGAGAGAUUCAUAGCGACAGGGUUGUGAGAGGUGAAAUGUGCUCUUUUGUUAAGUUGCGCAACUUUCCCCCAAUUUAAUUACUGGUGUUCGAGUAAACGGAGAUUCAGUGAUGGAGUGUACAGUGUUAAAUCUCCCACAGCACCUGUAAUCAGCGGUAGACUGUUAGACUUCAGUGCACUAGCCGCUGUGCCCAGUCUCACUGUAUGACCAUGACAACGGCGUCGGUAACGGUAACCGCACAGCAAAUCAGAGACCGGCUGCUUCAGGCGACUGACGCUCACAGCAACAUCAGCAAUAUGGUGGCUGUAUUGGAUGUGAUAUCCAUCCUAGAGAAGUACCCCAUCACAAAGGAAGCACUUGAGGAAACCCGGCUUGGGAAGUUGAUAAAUGACUUGAGGAAGAAGACCAGAGAUGAGGAUCUGGCAAAGCGUGCAAAGAAGCUUCUGCGUAACUGGCAGAAGCUGAUUGACCCACAUCAACCAGAAAUACUGCCAAAGGAACUUUCAAGCACUUUAAGCUCUGUUAUGGGAUCCAACCGGUCUCAGACAUUGCCUGGUUCUAGAUCUCCUCAGACUGCAACAGAUAAUGACAAGAAACCUGUUUUACACAGUGUCCGCUCUUCAAGCACUGAAAAGUUCUACCCUAUGACACACACUGGUAAGCAAAUAGUGGAAAAGAACUUGCCAACAUUAAAGGGCACAAAGAGAUCUGCACUGUCAACAGCCAGCGGAAGCAGUGGUGGUCCAGAUGAUCUUCAGAUACACACCAGUGCCAUCAAACCUCACUUUAGUUCUCCUGAACUCAACAAAGAACCCACUGCUUCUGCAGUCCUCAGAAAAUCAGUAUUACAACAGCAGGGACAAAGGGACAUAACUGCUGUUGAGAAAGUGAAGCACAAAUCACACAGUCACUACACCAACCCGAGUCCUAGAUCAGUAAAGCAGUUAGUACCAAGCAAGCAGCCAACAUUAAUUUCUGCCACUGACUCUGAGGCUCUUUCUGCACUGCCAUUACACUCUUCCAUCCAAGGUAUGCAUACCGAGUGUCAUCAGUCAAAAGACCCGUCACAGCCGGAGAACGAAUCACUCCUAAACAAUGAGAAGACACUCGAACAAACCAAUAACCUGCAAAACAAGUCUAAAGGGUUAGCACGGCCUCAGCCAGGUUUACUCAGCGAGGUUACCAAUAUGGAAACAGAAAAAGAUAUCAAACCCUCAGAUGGCAAGAGGAGGAAGCCUCAGUUUAGAGACUACUCCAUCAAUGUGGAAGGACGGUCAUCAGAUGACAUGUGUAAGCCUGCUCGAGUAAAAAAUCGUAAAUUAACCUUUGAUCCCCUCACGCAACAAAUCAGACCUUCAGCAGUGAAUCAGAGUGAGGAGCAGCACAGUUCAGUGGUGGAUGUUAAUGAGCCAGUGAACCUGAAGCAAAGCCCUUCUGCAUCUUCACCCAACGCUUUGCACAAGAUGAACUGGAAAGAUAUGUCGCAAAAUCAAAUAGUCAAAUAUUACCUUAACCUCCAAAACAAUUUGUUAAAAACGUCCGGAAGUCAAGUCCCAGGGGCGCACUUUUUUAUGACCGAGCACGUGAAAUGUGAGGAAGACAACAUGAGGGAGGCCAGCAAAACCUAUGUCCAGGUGCCAAAUGUUUCGGAGACUAAUCUGCCAGGGAUAGACCGAGAUAUCACAACAGAGGACGUCCACAAAAUAAACAAUAAGCACUGGCCUGGGGUUAACGGAUGUUAUGACAGCAAAGGCCAUUGGUACGGCUGGACCGAAUGCAUAUCUUUAGACACGUAUGGAGAUGGAAGUAAACUUAAUAUUUUGCCAUAUGUUUGCAUGGACUAAAAACAGUUCUAUAAAUAAAAUUGCGUCUCUGGAUCUCGUAUGGUCUUUACGCCUGUUCCAGAUAUGUGUUCGUGUAAUAACUGCUUUAUAAUAUUUUGUAUCUAUUUAUAACAUUUUGUUCUGUUUGUUUUGGAUGAUAAGAGGAAAAUAAAAAAGAGUAUAGCAAGAGAGGGGUGUGUGUUUGUUUGUUUUAUGUGCUUUGUGACAAAGAACAAUACCACAAAAUAUGGUAUGCGUUUGGGAUUUGUACUGAGCUUUUCUGCUGAAGAAUAUACAACCCUCUAAAAAGAUACAACUUGUCGAGACUGUCAAAUAGCAACAUAAAAUUGAUAUAUUUCAGUGUCUGAAGAGAUUCCAGUGUUGUUUGUCCUUAUUCAUAAUCAUUACUCUGUGCUUUGGCAUUUCUUAUACGCCCAUUGUCCGCUUUGUUUGACUUGUGCUUUGUAUAAUACGUGCACUUGUUUACCUUCAUUCUUUGGAAGUGGCAGAGCAGGAAACACACCAAGACUGCAGUACAAGAUUGCAACAAAAGCUGUUUCAGGUUACCAGUUUGUUUUAGGCCAUCUUGUACUAUACACACCU